AUGGAAAGUAAAACUCUAAUUCCAAAACCAACAAUGGUGAUGAUGGCGGCGCUGCAGGUGGCGUUGUAUACAGCAGUUCAAAGCCAUCUCUCGCAAGCGAUUCUCCAGGACACCUCCUCCAUUGUUUUCCCGUUGAGCGGGAGCAUUCAUACUCAUUGGGCAUACUUGACGACCAUCAAUAUAGGUAAACCACACAAGCCUUUCAAGGUUCAUGUUGAUACUGCGAGUGAACUCACUUGGCCCAAAGAACAUUUGUACAAGCCGAAAACAGAUAGCAUUGUCAAAUGUGAGGAUCCCUUAUGUGUUGCUAUCCAAGGGAAGGAACGUAAUUGUGAAAACCCAGAUGAUCGAUGCGAGUAUGUUAUACCUUUUAGCGAUGGUAGUAAAACUCAUGGUUACUUGGUCAGAGAUAUUUUUCCAAUCCGACUUACAACUGGCUCGAUCAUUGAUUCUCCUUUAGUCUUUGGGUGUGGAUACAAACAAAUCGGAACCUUUAGAGGGGUUGGAAUGCUUGGCUUAAGUAGGGGUCCAGUUGGUUUCUUAUCGCAAAUGCAUUCGCAAGGCCUAAUAAAACAAGUAAUGGGUCAUUGUUUGAGUAGCCAAGAAGGUGGAUUUUUAUUCUUAGGAGAUGAUCUUGUACCACGUACAGGAGUCUCAUGGACACCGAUCACAAACAAUUAUCAUGAAGAUAGAGACUACUUAUCAGGACCAGUGGACCUUUUGUUUGAUGGGAAAGCAACCCAAGUGAGGGGACUUAAAGUUGAUUUCGAUAGUGGAUCUGCAUUGUCCUGGUUAAAUCAAUCUGCCUACCAACAUACACUUGAUUUGAUCAACCAAGCUCUUAAAAAAACGAAGUUGAAACCUGCAGAACCCGAGGGCGAACUUUCAGUUUGCUGGAGCCACAAGAAAAAACCUAUUAUAUCAUUGGAUAAAAUGAACAAUAAGUACUUCAAGAAGUUGACUCUAAGCUUCCAGAAUAUACCAAACGUUAAAUUGGAGUUACCACCCCAAGCUUAUCUCAUACUUAUUAAAGUAGGUGUUAUAUUUCUGGGAAAAGUGUGUUUGGGGAUUGAUGAUGGUGACAAAUUGGGACUAGAAAAUCCAAAUUUAAUUGGAGCCAUUUCAAUGCAGGAUAAGUUGGUGAUGUACGAUAAUGAUAAUCAUCGGAUAGGAUGGGCUUCGAGGGACUGCAAUAUACCCCCCAUGCUUUAG